AUGCCCGUAAAUAGAGAACUCAAGGCUCUCGUCGCCAGCAUGGAGACAUACCCAACCUUGGCCUCUGUAGAAGGCAAAAAUAUAGCCGAAAGACUCAAGAAAAGACAAAGAAGAAAGACAAUAAGUCAGAUUGAGGCAAAACGGAUUGAAUUAGAUGACCCUUUUACCGUACAACAAGAGCUGGAAAUUAACACCGAAGAAAGUGAUUCCGCUUGGGAACCUUGGGAAGAGGUAACACCCACAAGACAUUAUAGAAGGAGGCCCGUUAUUAGGAGAAACACCUUCAUAAGGCCCAGGGUUGAAAUGUCUACAAGGGAAAAGAGAAGACGAUUUAAAACCUCAAAAGAAACGCAAGAGGGCAAGAAAGAAUUAGAUGCCGUGGAAAGUCUUCUUACCAUGGCAAAUGGAAAAAAAGUAUCUCAAAUGAUGAUGACAUCAAAGCGAGUUAUGGGAGAGAUUAAUAUGAGACCUCCUAAACCUGUUUUAGGGGAAUUAAUUCCUCAGGUGCAAAGUGGACCCAAAAAGGCUUCCAAUGAAUUGAAGAGAAAAGAAAUAAAAUCCGUGUUGACAUCAUGGAAUGUUCACCGUCGUGGGAUGUUCGUCAUAUUGGCGGAUCAUAUUGUCACGUCUACCAAAAAAGGGGAAACAAAUGGAGAUAGUUUAGAUUUCAGGACUUUACUUGAACAUUGCUUGGAAAAUUACAUCUGCCAAGAUGAGAAAACUUUUCGUCAUUACUUGCAAGACUUUUAUUAUCAUGGCUUAUUCUUGGCAAAAAAAACCACUUGCGGGGAGAUCAGGAUCACUAUCCCAGCUCCUUUGCAUGACCUCAAGUUAUUGUUGUCGGAUAAGAACCUCUUCGGACGUGGUGACGGUAAUAUUAUUGAUGAUAAUGGUAUACAUGAGAAACAACUGGUCGUAUGGGUAAAACAUCCUUUACAUACCGAUCCCGUCAAAGUUCACGUGUCAUACAAUGCUGACAUUGCCGACGUGAAAAAAGUUGUAAGGCAAGAAUUGCAACCUGCACUUGAUAAAGAGAGUCUUGGUAAAGUAUUACUUUUGAGUCCUAAGCUCGGUCGGUUAAGUCCUCCAACAUUGAUAAGGAAGGUGGUUUUGGACAAAGAUGAAAAUCUAAUCGUUUUCGUGGAUAAUCUUGAAUCUCGAUUAUUCUUAAAGACGAUCACCACAGACCGUCUUCCGUUACAAGUAAAUGCACCUUUAUGCCUUAAAACUGAUGAGGCUUAUAUUGCGGUGGCAAAGAUAUUGAUGGGAAGUUAUUCGCAACAAGACAUAACGGCACUCAGAAAUAGUCUUUGUGAAUCGAGCAUCGAAAGCUGGAGUUCUAGAUAUUCUUAUGCAGGACGGUAA